AUGGCGCCCUCGAGUGCCUACUCUGCCCUCGCUAACUGGGACGGCAGCCUCAGCACCCCUUCUUCUCGACAUCCGUCACGCUCUCCCCCAAUGUCGGCGCCAUCAGAAUUGGUUCCUCCUCCUGUCUUUGCGGCAAACAUUCAUAUUGGAUCUUUAUCUCCUCAGCGCGAGCAGUCUACAAGCUCCAUGAUUAUGCCUGCAGAGGCCUCAAGCGCACCCAGCGGUGCGAAUGACGAGCCUCUUGCCUCGAAUGACAAUGGUUCAGCUGGGAUGAAAGGCGAGAAACGUGCUGUUGAGUCACAGAGAGAUGACUCAAACGAUACGAACUAUACGGUGCGCGGAGUCAAUGCCCCUUUCGCCUUCAUCAAUUUCUCUCUCGUGUGCAUCUGUUUUCGGCAAACCCCUACGGGAAUGACAUCCAUCGAACAGACGAUCACCGUUCGCAAACGUGUAGCGGCAGACGUCCAAUAA